AGACUGAUGCAUCAUUGGAGCCAUUGGCAGCAACAUUUACCCACACCAGCACAGACCCACUUCCAUCUGCCCUGAAGCCUCCAGUUUCAUCAGAAAACACCAGCCUCAGUGGCAACACACCCUCGUUUGAAGAAGAUGUCACUUCAUUUGUCAGAACCGGCACUGGUGAGGUCUCUCACCCUUUGGCCUCACAAACCAUGGCCGGGGCAUUCUCACCCCUAGGCUCCAGCACUGAUCUCACCAACAAACCCCCAUCGCCAAUCUCCCUUGUCACAUUCCAGUCCAGUCCUCUUGGUCGGAGGGGCCAGCCUGUGCUUGUCGCCCAGUCAGAGACAAAGUUUGGCUCCAGCUCAAAUUCCUCUGUGUAUAAUGGAACCCUGCCUGAUGGCAAUCAGUUUCUUAAAGGUUCUUCCCCAUUGGUGCUCGAGAACCACCACAGCAGUGAUAGCAGUCUGUUAGACAGUGAAGCCAGUGAGAGGCAGGCACUGCUGCCAGACAGCCCCAGCAGGAGAUCCCAGUCACCUUCAUCCUACAUAGUGCAUACAAAUUCAUUAUUGUCGGGGCCAAGGUUGAAUGAUGGCCUUGACCCUGAGAGUGAUGACACAGACAGCUGCGGAACUCCUGGAGGAAGUCCAGCCAAGGGGAGAAUACUCAGCAGAAAUAUGUCUCUAGAAUCAGGUACAAUAUUUCUUUUACAUUUCAUAGAAUGUUUAGUUAUGCUUGCUUUAUUAUUGGCCUGUCACACACAUGUUUCCUGCUAGAUCAACUUUGGCCUGUCACACACAUGGUUCCUGAUAGAUCAACUUUGGCCUGUCACACACAUGGUUCCUGACAGAUCAACUUUGACCUGUCACACACAUGGUUCCUGAUAGAUCAACUUUAUCUCUUCUUUUGCCCAAUUUUUUUGUUAAAGUUGCCGUAAAAAAACCUCUUAAAUACAUCAAAAACAGUUAGAAAUAAAUUAAAAUGACUGAAAAAUUUAAUUCUUGUGAGUCAGUCUGGUUAUAAAAUGAUAUAAGUGUAGUAAUUUGAAAACAACAGAUAACCAGAACAUUGAUGAUAAUAAUAUUGUUGAUGAUCAUUAACUGGACGGGUCAUUAUUUUCAGGUCAGCAAAGUUUUGGCCUUCACAGUCCUGACGUGGUCCCUGGAGCUGAUGUUGAAUUUAAUGGUUUGGAUGAGGGACAAUCCAAUGGCAUUGUGGGAGCAUUAAACUCUUUGUACAAAAAUGAGACGUACAAGUCCCCGAGGGUGUAUUAUGACCCGGAUAUCAUUGGUAAGCUCUGAGCUGGAUGGUAUUUAUAAACUUUGACCCAGAUAGCAUUGGUAAGCUCUGAACUAGAUGGUAUUUAUAAACUCUGACCCAGAUAGCAUUGGUAAGCUCUGAGCUGGAUGGUAUUUAUAAACUCGGUAAGCUCUGAGCUGGAUGGUAUUUAUAAACACUGACCCAGAUAGCAUUGGUGAGCUCUGAGCUGGAUGGUAUUUAUAAACACUGACCUAGAUAGCAUUGGUGAGCUCUGAGCUGGAUGGUAUUUAUAAACUCUGCCCCAGAUAGCAUUGGUAAGCUCUGAACUAGAUGGUAUUUAUAAACUCUGACCCAGAUAGCAUUGGUAAGCUCUGAGCUGGAUGGUAUUUAUAAACUCUGACCCAGAUAGCGUUGGUAAGCUCUUUGCUGGAUGGUAUUUAUAUACUCGGUAAGCUCUGAGCUGGAUGGAAUUUAUAAACACUGACCCAGAUAGCAUUGGUAAGCUCUGAGCUGGAUGGUAUUUAUAAACUCUGACCCAGAUAGCUUAAUAAGCUUUGCAUAUUUAUCAUCACUGAACCUCAACAUAGAUAUAUGGAUUAUUACAGUAUCAAAUGUAGUACAUUUAUUUUUGGUAGGGUGAAGCCUUGCUAUAACUCAAUAGCCUGGGUCCAUGAAAUUGGAUGUGGUGAUAGUGGGGUCACGUUUAAUGUGGUGUUUUACAAUGUUUUGGGAUUUUUGUUAAAGUAGGAAGAUAGGUGAUUAAAAAAAAACAGUUUUUUUUAUAUUCUUGUUUGUAACCUAUGUGGUGUAGAUUUGUGUCUGUGUUGUGGGAAAAUAUUUAUUUAUGUACUCUUUUUUUUUUUCCACAUACUUUGAAAGAAAUUUUUGUCGUGUUCCAGUAAAUGUACAAAAAUUGUGGGAGCUGUGCCACCAUCCCCAUUAUAUUCAAAUUUGCCUUAUAGUGGGGUUCUACAGUAUCAAAGAAAGACAACAGGUGUCUGUAUAAUUAACACUAUCUUCCUCAGACCUGACCAACUUCCCACCACCCGAGACACCUGACGAUGACUCCAUGUUAGAUUUCACAGAGCUCUCCAAUUUUCCACCUCCUGUGUUUUCCUCCAAUCCAUCAUUCACAAACUCUUUGAAAUAUGAAACAGGUAAUUUGUUCUGUAACUAAAUAUUAAAUCUAGAUAAGAUAAAUCAGGCAAUAUGGUCAUUUUAUUAAUUUUUCAAAACACUAUGUUUUCCCAACAAUAAAACAUUUAUAAUAUAAUCAAAUGAUUGAUAUUUCAAUUUUUUUAUCUGAUUAUAUUCAAGGUGGCUACAUAUCUAUUUCCAUUUUUAUAUCUAUACUCCACCCUGAGAUGUCAAGCUUGUUGUGUGUCUGCAGGUUCACUGCCUAGACCAUCCAGUAGACUCACUCGACUGGAGCGGUCAGCCAGCAUUGGCAACUGUCCAGAUUUUCUUGAUGACGACAUUGAUGCUCUCAUCGCCCAGUUUACUAUUCCUCCCCCGCCAUCAUCGGUAGAGUCCAGAUGUGUGACAUCGGGAGGAGACGUCAUCAAGCCAACAGAAGAGAUAACUCAGGAUGAGUUCACACACCUCAUCAUCCCUCCCCCCCCUGCAAGCUCCUUGUACAACAUUUCGGCUCUGACCGAUGGCAAGCCUGUGCCACAUGCAAAGGCUAAGCAUGGAAAUGUUGGGUCACGGCAUAAACGUUCCUCUUCAUUAGACAUCCAGUUCAUGAAGAGAGCCGCAGAACAGCUGGAUACCAAAUCAAGGAGUAAAUCUUUGGAUGCCAAUCAGAAUAAUAUUGACAAUGAUCCAAAGGUGGCUCCACCUUCUGACCUUGACAUCAAGGCCGCAGACGACAGUGUUGGAGACAUCACUGGGGAGUCCCCAGCCACUGUCUCCCAGAAACUUUAUUCACUGCUCCAGUCACUUCCCAACUUCUCCCCGGGGAUUAUCAGCAGCAUUAAUAGCAACAACGCAACAGCAAAUAAUGUACCUCGCAUCUUUCGUAGUUCAUCCAUAGACAUGGGCUCAGGCCAGCGGAGCCUUGCCUUCGCUCAUCUUGGCAGCAAAAGGACUAUAACCAUGUUCAACUCUGUGGCCAGUUUUUCUAGUCAAACACCCCAACAGAAUUUCUCCAGACCCCGUAGUCAGAGCUUUGAUCCCACCGCUCAGGCCAAUGCCAGCCGGAUACAAUCCAGUUCUGAAUCUAGGUCACAGCGGCUCAGCUCUGGGCUCUCAUCUUCCAAUAACAAUCUAGGGAGCACGGCCAGUGGCUCAGAAAGUUUUGCAACCCUAAAAGCCAAACUUAGAGACUACAGGGAUUCCCUUUUAAACAGGAAAUCUAGAAAAUCAAGGAAAGAGAAAACCCCUGAGUUAACAGCACAGAACUCCGAUACUGGAAGUAGCAUGCCCAGUUCCUUAAACAAGCUGUUCAGCAGACGUGGAUCUAAAUCGGACCCACCCACUGCAAACACUGACAGCAAUUGGGAGUUGAAAGAGGCCGGCUCCUCCCCUUCACCUCAAGGGGACCUGGUGCGUGAACCAGUAAAUGAUAAACGUGCUUCACUUGCCAAGGACGGCAUUCCAGUGGUCAGGGACCCUUUGGGCCUGAGCAGACCCACAUUGCGGCCUGUGACCAACUCCAUUUUAAAUCAAGUAAGUAGUCUAUGCAUUUGGAAAGUUAACCAUCCGGGCUUCAGUGGUUUUGCUCAUGAGUGUUUAAAUCUUUCUUGAAAACUAGAUCUGUCUGGUUUUAUAGACCUGAAAGAACAUCUAGAUCUGUCUGGAUGACUAGAUCUGUUCAGAUAUCCAGAUAGUUGAAGUCAAAUACAUUAUUUAGGGUUGGCACACUGUUAGACAUCAGGUUGUGUUUGAAAUUUGGGAACAAAAUCUUUCACCUCCUAUAUUUAUUUAUUUCAAAAAAAUGUAUCAUACCUUCGAAAUCCAAUUGCAAGUGCAGAUUCCUGAAUUAAAUUCAUGUACAGUGCCAUCCACUAUUAACACAUAGACAGCUUUAAAACCCAAAACUUUUCCCACUAAAAAUCUUCUGUUUUUUAGUUUUACUUCUCUAGAACAGGGGUCCUCAAACUACAGCUCAACAGGGGUCGUUUUUGGCCAUAUGGCCACAGUAUGGGUAUGCAGGUAGCAUUGACAAACAUUGCAAUGGAUAUUGACCAUCUUUUUUUUAAGCCAUACUCAGGACGGUAGCUACCAUCAACAUAGUAAUGACUUUAUUUGCUCUUGGUUUAGAUUGUUUGGUUUUCCUGUUGUUUUUUUUUUACUACCUAUAUGCUCAGUGGACAUAGGAAUUCUUGCAUUAUAUUUCCUAACAAUAGUCUGGGUCCCACCCAACAAUGUUUGGGGGACAGUAAACCGCCCCCCCCCCCCCCCCCCCCCCAAAAAAAGUUGGGGGGAAGAAAAACCCCCCCCCCCCCCCCCCCCGAAAGUUUCUAAGUGACAGUCAACCGGCCCCCUUAUUAAAAAUUUUGAGGACGCCGUGCAUUAGAGCUAUGAGUUUUUUUAACACUAUGAAACAUUAAAGGAUAUAUGUUGUUUAUCAUGCCUUGUGUAGCUCAUUUGAUCAAGAGAGUGAAUCCUCAACAACGUGAGUUAAAAAGUAAAAGUUUAGAGAUAAGAAAUUAAAUUUUACAUUUCAGGAGGAUGAAAAUAGCGGAGAUAAGAGGAGUAAUGUAGAUAAAGUUGAUGUUAAUCUGGAUAAUGAAAUAGAGGUAACACCUUUGAUUUCCUGCAUGGCAAUGGCAUAUUACUGCAUUACAGGAUAAUUGGUGCUUUAUAAACACUGGGGCAUCAGUGCAUUAUAAACACUGGGGCAUCAGUGCAUGAUAAACACUGGGGCAUCAGUGCAUGAUAAACAAUGGGGCAUUAGUGCAUGACAAACACUGGGGCAUCAGUGCAUGAUAAACACUGGGGCAUUAGUGCAUGACAAACACUGGGGCAUCAGUGCAUGACAAACACUGGGGCAUCAGUGCAUGACAAACACUGGGGCAUCAGUGCAUGAUAAACACUGGGGCAUUAGUGCAUGACAAACACUGGGGCAUCAGUGCAUGAUAAACACUGGGGCAUUAGUGCAUAACAAACACUGGAGCACCAGUGCAUGACAAACACUGGAGCAUCAGUGCAUGAUAAACACUGGGGCAUUAGUGCAUGAUAAACACUGGGGCAUCAGUGUAUGAUAAACACUGGGGCAUUAAUGCAUGACAAACACUGGAGCAUUAGUGCAUGACAAACACUGGAGCAUUAAUGCAUGAUAAACACUGGGGCAUCUGUGCAUGAUAAACACUGGGGCAUUAGUGCAUGACAAACACUGGGGCAUUAGUGCAUGACAAACACUGGGGCAUUAGUGCAUGAUAAACACUUGGGCAUGAGUGCAGGAUAAACACUGGGGCAUUAGUGCAUGAUAAACACUAGGGCAUUAGUGCAUGACAAACACUGGGGCAUUAGUGCAUGAUAAACACUGGAGCAUGAGUGCAUGAUAAACACUGGAGCAUUAGUGCAUGACAAACACUGGGGCAUUAGUGCAUGAUAAACACUGAAGCAUUAGUGCAUGAUAAACACUGGAGCAAUAGUGCAUGACAAACACUGGGGCAUUAGUGCAAGAUAAACACUGGGACAUUAAUGUAUGACAAACACUGGGGCAUUAGUGCAUGAUAAACACUGGGGCAUCAGUGUAUGAUAAACACUGGGGCAUUAAUGCAUGACAAACACUGGAGCAUUAGUGCAUGACAAACACUGGAACAUUAGUGCAUGACAAACACUGGGGCAUUAGUGCAUGAUAACCACUUGGGCAUGAGUGCAGGAUAAACACUGGGGCAUUAGUGCAUGAAAAACACUGGGGCAUUAGUGCAUGACAAACACUGGGGCAUUAGUGCAUGAUAAACACUGGAGCAUUAGUGCAUGACAAACACACGCGCAUUAGUGCAUGACAAACACUGGGGCAUUAGUGCAUGACAAACACUGGGGCAUUAGUGCAUGAUAAUUUUUGGGCAUGAGUGUAUGAUAAACACUGGAGCAUUAGUGCAUGACAAACACUGGAACAUUAGUGCAUGACAAACACUGGGGCAUUAGUGCAUGAUAAACACUUGGGCAUCAGUGCAUCACAAACACUGGGGCAUCAGUGCAUGACAAACACUGGGGCAUCAGUGCAUGAUAAACACUGGGGCAUUAGUGCAUGACAAACACUGGGGUAUUAGUGCAUGACAAACACUGGGGCAUUAGUGCAUGAUAAACACUUGGGCAUGAAUGCAGGAUAAACACUGGGGCAUUAGUGCAUGAUAAACACUGGGGCAUUAGUGCAUGACAAACACUGAGGCAUUAGUGCAUGAUAAACACUGGAGCAUUAGUGCAUGAUAAACACUGGAGCAUUAGUGAGGAGCAUUAGUGCAUGACAAACACUGGGGCAUUAGUGCAUGACAAACACUGGGGCAUUAGUGCAUGAUAAACACUUGGGCAUGAGUGCAGGAUAAACACUGGGGCAUUAGUGCAUGAUAAACACUGGGGCAUUAGUGCAUGACAAACACUGGGGCAUUAGUGCAUGAUAAACACUGGGGCAUUAGUGCAUGACAAACACUGGGCAUUAGUGCAUGAUAAACACUGGGGCAUUAAUGCAUGACAAACACCGGAGCAUUAGUUCAUGACAAACACUGGAGCAUUAGUGUAUGAUAAACACUCGGGCAUCAGUGCAUGAUAAACACUGGGGCAUUAGUGCAUGACAAACACUGGGGCAUUAGUGCAUGACAAACACUGGGGCAUCAGUGCAUGAUAAACACUUGGGCAUGAGUGCAGGAUAAACACUGGGGCAUUAGUGCAUGAUAAACACUGGGGCAUUAGUGCAUGACAAACACUGGGGCAUUAGUGCAUGAUAAACACUGGAGCAUGAGUGCAUGAUAAACACUGGAGCAUUAGUGCAUGACAAACACUGGAGCAUUAGUGCAUGACAAACACUGGGGCAUUAGUGCAUGACAAACACUGGGGCAUUAGUGCAUGAUAAACACUUGGGCAUGAGUGCAGGAUAAACACUGGGGCAUUAGUGCAUGAUAAACACUGGUGCAUGAGUGCAGGAUAAACACUGGGGCAUUAGUGCAUGAUAAACACUUGGACAUUAGUGCAUGAUAAACACUUGGACAUUAGUGCAUGAUAAACAAUGAGGAAGAUGGUCAGUAACUACAGAUCAAUGCAAUUAUUUCCAACUGAAGUGUUGUUUCCACCUGAGUUAUUGUCAUUUAAAGUUUUAAAUGUAGUAUCAAGUAUUGAUCAGCGUGUGUUAAUGGAAUAUCAAGUAUUGAUCAACGUAUGUUCAUGGAAUAUCAAGUAUUGAUCAACGUGUGUUCAUGGAAUAUUAAGUAUUGAUCAAAGUUUUUUUUUUUAAAUAUGAAAACUAUUUCAUGAUCAGAUUGUUGAUUGCUGCCAUAGCGCAAAUGUGUAGGAUAUAUCACACCUCGAAUUCUGUGAUAAGUAAUUUUCUAUGAUUACUUUUUGUUUAAACCACUCAAAGACUUUUGAUGUAAGAUGAAAUUCAAUAUUUAUCAAAGCACCCUUUUACACAGAGUUAUACCGGGUACGAAAUUAUGUAGCUUGUUUAAUGUGCCAAUCUUUCAAUUGUAAAAAAAAACAACUUUAUGUUCCUUUGGGCUCACCCUUCCCGAAAAACAACAAGAAAAUAUAUGUAAUAGUCUUUAGUCUUUACUGAUGACAAAACGAUGGAAUGAAGGUUACGGCUUGCAACCAAAUUCUGCAGACAAAACAUAAUAAAAUCUGCAAAUGACAACUUGGAUCAUAUAACAUUGACUCGGGGCUUAUCAUGAAAUUAUACAUGCUUUCUUUCAGUAAUGGCCGCCAUAAGUGUCGGCGAUCUCAAAUAUUCAUAGACCAGACCAGGUAUUGUUUUUUUUUUGUGUGUAGCUGUAACGGGGUUGUGGUCGGUGUGUUAUCUGUAGUAACUCUGUCUAGACUCAAUGUCAUGUCAGUGUGCAUUCCAGUCAUCUUCUCUAGACCUUUGUAGAGAGAUAUUCACUGGACACAUAAUUUAACUAUCAUACAAGGUAUCUGUGUCACAUAAUUUAACUGUCAUACAAGGUAUCUGUGUCACAUAAUUUAACUGUCAUACAAGGUAUAAUCUGUGUCACAGCAAGACAUCUGGUUCCACUAAAUUUUGUGAAUUCAUUUAUUUAUUCAAUUUAUUGCUUAUCUGGUCAAUUUGUUUCUCCCAACGACCACUCAAAAAGCCUGACAACUUCCCCUUGGGCUCUAAUCUAGGGUGACCAAAUCAUCAACUCAACUGGAAAAUCGGGACACUUUCAAGGACGGUUGUUUUUUUUUUGGGGGGGGGGAAUACCCUCCAGCUAAAAUCUAACCUGGAAAUCUACUUGGGGCACUCGGUCUUUUCCUAUGUUUAACUGAUGUGAUGUGUUGUUUUAUAUCUGAAGUUCCACCAUGACCAAUACUAAAAAGACUAGUACAGACUGUGCACUCGGCUUCACUUUCAUGGCGUCCCUUUUUAAUAUAGUUCCACUCUUUGGAAUACUCCUCCAUUAUUUACAUUGACGCUUGGGCAUAAUUAUUGUCUACAUGAGAAGAUAAUAUAAAGUUAAAGAAUAAAGUUCAACACCCAAAUCAAACACCUGUCACUCUGACACGAACAGGCCGACAGGGAUCACACACAAGACUAACACAUCGCACGUUGCGGUAGCGGAAUCAAAAUUGGUUUCUGUGCAGUUACAUCCUCCCCCCUCCCCCACCCCCUGCGGCUUCAAGUCUCGUGUCUUUCGCUAUACAUUUACAUGUAAGAUCUAUGGCAGGGACACUGUGGUGAAGGGGGAACACUGCAGCCAUCACGCGAGCCAACAUCACUACUGGCCAAAUUAUUACUUAAAGUUAUAUUAUAAAUUAGGAAGUUUUAGUGAUUUGAAAAUGUGUUUGGUUUAAAAAACGGGACAUUUAGGCGUCCCAAGAGACACUUUCGGGACAACGGGUACGAUCGUGAAAAAACUGGACAAUCCCGUUUUUACGGGACGUUUGGUCACCCUACUCUAAUCGUCAGUACAAUGAUAGUUUCCUUGGCUCGAGCUAACCGGCUGGAUUCAUUGUGUACAAUAGUUAGUAUGUUGUAGAUAUGUUCACUGCCUGCUCUGUUCAUGUUAUAGUUGCAUGCCAUAGAUGUAGAUGUCAAUUUAAAAAUAGAAAUGAACAUUUCAAAUCUUAUCGCGUUAUUCCUCUUUCAGUCGGUAAAGGAUUGCAUAGAAAUAAUAAAUAAAGCAUACACAUUUCUCCUAUUUUGUUUGAUCAUUUUUUUUUUCGGUAAAUACAUUUUUAUCAGAAUAACCAUUUUUUGUCAGUAUUCCUACGACUACGUCACGGAGUUUUUACCCUUAUCACAUACGGUGCAUGUGUUUGACCGUUGUUUCUAUUAAGUUAUUACAAUUGAAACGCGUGUCUUGUCUUAUCGUGUAGAUUCUCCUUAAAAAGAUAUUUUCCCUUUAAAUCAUAUCAUUUCUGUUUAGUACAACUAAUAUAGUAUAUAAUUAAUUUUAAAAAAUUUUUAAACAUCGUCAAUAUGAAGGAGCUCCCACGGCAUGUUGGAACCCCACUCCCACUGAAAGUAUAUUAAUACCAUAAAUUACAAACCGGUAUGGUCUAUGAAGAACAAUGACUAAAUCAGUACUACUAAAAUUAACUUAUUCAUUAAUUAGUAUCUAGGAAACUUUCAGACAUUAUUAAGAUAACAUGUAAGUAUGUGAGUCCUCUGGUUUUAAUGACAUGACUUUUUCUCCAGCUCAGUCUUCCCUCCAUGACACAAAGGCUGUCCCCCCCCCCACCCCAACCCACACCGACGGUCAUGCCUGAUAGACUGACAUUCCCCCCCCCAAAAAAAAAUAAGUAUACUGCAACUUUGGUUGAUAAUUAGUAUCUAGGAAACUUUCAGACAUUAUUAAGAUAACAUGUAAGUAUGUGAGUCCUCUGGUUUUAAUGACAUGACUUUUUCUCCAGCUCCGUCUUCCCUCCAUGACACAAAGGCUGUCCCCCCCCCCACCCCAACCCACACCGACGGUCAUGCCUGAUAGACUGACAUUCCCCCCCCCAAAAAAAAAUAAGUAUACUGCAACUUUGGUUGUGCUAUCAUAGCUGUUACCUGUAUUAUAUCUUAGCUAUUCUUAAAUGUCGUCAUGUUAUAGUUAGUUCAUGACACAUGACAGCUAUAUUAUUGCACACAGCACGGAACCUGUACAGGUACAAGGGGAUUAUCUAAACUGGAGCCCGCUUGUCAGUUAUUUCCCUUGUAAUAUCCUGCCUGGUUGGGUUGUCACCCUUUCUGGUGGGUUGAUGCUAUAUUUAGCCACACACACACAGUUGUGCGAUAAUGUGAUACAGUUUACGGAUCAUAAUACCAACAUGUUCAGUAGAAAGGUAAAAGUUGCUGUAUUCAGUUUAGUUUAGCUGGCGAAGGAAGCACAAUAUCAACAUGUUCAGUAGAAAGGUAAGAGUUGUUGUACAGAUGUUAAUUACUAAGUUUCAAGGACCAAUGAACCUUCCAUACAAAAGUUUAUAGAAGAGGUAGAUAAUAUGGCAUUAUGGUUGAUGUCAAAACUAUACUGGCUUUAACUCUGUCUUAUGUCUAGGGUAGAUGUUAUGUAAACACUGGUGUAUCUAUUUCAGGAGCUUGACUGAAUUUGUUCACUUCUCUCAAUGUACACUUGUCUGAAAGUACACUUGCCUCAAUUUAUACUUUUCUCAAUGUACACUUGUCUCAACGUAAACUUGUCUCAGUGUACACUUGUCACAAUGUACACUUGUCUCAAAUUAAACUUGUCUAAGUGUACACAUGUGAAAUGUACACUUGUCACAAUGUACACAUGUCCUUAUGUACACUUGUCUCGAAGUAAACUUGUCUCAAUGUACACUUGUCUCAGUGUAUACCUGUCUAAUGAUAGCCCCAUAUAAAAUUCACUAAAUAUUUGUUCAAUUUUCUCCAUGAUCUCAUCUAUGUAUUAGACAUUCUAUGCAGGUUAGAUCUAGUUAACUAGCUGAAUACUGCUACCUUCAGACAUUCUAUGCAGGUUAGAUCUAGUUAACUAGCUGAAUACUGCUACCUUCAGACAUUUUAUGCAGGUUAGAUCUAGUUAACGAGCUGAAUACUGCUACCAUCAGACAUUCUAUGCAGGUUAGAUCUAGUUAACUAGCUGAAUACUGCUACCAUCAGACAUUCUAUGCAGGUUAGAUCUAGUUAACUAGCUGAAUGCUGCUACCAUCAGACAUUCUAUGCAGGUUAGAUCUAGUUAACUAGCUGAAUACUGCUACCAUCAGACAUUCUAUGCAGGUUAGAUCUAGUUAACUAGCUGAAUACUGCUACCAUCAGACAUUCUAUGCAGGUUAGAUCUAGUUAACUAGCUGAAUGCUGCUACCAUCAGACAUUCUAUGCAGGUUAGAUCUAGUUAACUAGCUGAAUGCUGCUACCAUCAGACAUUCUAUGCAGGUUAGAUCUAGUUAACGAGCUGAAUGCUGCUACCAUCAGACAUUCUAUGCAGGUUAGAUCUAGUUAACUAGCUGAAUACUGCUACCAUCAGACAUUCUAUGCAGGUUAGAUCUAGUUAACUAGCUGAAUGCUGCUACCAUCAGACAUUCUAUGCAGGUUAGAUCUAGUUAACUAGCUGAAUGCUGCUACCUUCAGACAUUCUAUGCAGGUUAGAUCUAGUCAACUAGCUGAAUGCUGUUGCUGUGUAGCUUUCUUUGAUAAUACCAACCCACCAUUGUAAGGGUUUGUAAGCAUAAGGCAUUUUCUAUAUAUUUAGAGUUGACUAGAUUCUAUUACACUUAUUAGAUCAAAUAUGUUCACCAACUUGAAGAAGCUUCCUGGUUGCUUUGUCCUCCAGAUUUGACCCAAGGCUUUGCACCUCGUAAAUCUAAUGUGCACUUUUAAAAUGUAUCUGGGCAGAAGUGGAAUAUCUUUCUUGUAAUUUGUGUCCCUGCAUAAGCCGAGUUCCCACUGAACUACAUACUUGGUGUAAAAUGUAGGAGUUCCCACUGAACUACAUACAUGGUGUAAAGUGUAGGAGUUCCCACUGAACUACAUACAUGGUGUAAAGUGUUGGAGUUCCCACUGAACUACAUACAUGGUGUAAAGUGUAGGAGUUCCCACUGAACUACAUACAUGGUGUAAAGUGCUGGAGUUCCCAUUAUACAUACUUGGUGUAAAGUAUAGGAGUUCCCACUGAACUACAUACAUGGUGUAAAGUGCUGGAGUUCCCAUUAUACAUACAUGGUGUAAAGUGUAGGAGUUCCCACUGAACUACAUACAUGGUGUAAAGUGCUGGAGUUCCCAUUAUACAUACUUGGUGUAAAGUAUAGGAGUUCCCACUGAACUACAUACAUGGUGUAAAGUGCUGGAGUUCCCAUUAUACAUACUUGGUGUAAAGUAUAGGAGUUCCCACUGAACUACAUACUUAGUGUAAAGUGCUGGAGUUCCCAUUAUACAUACAUGGUGUAAAGUGUAGGAGUUCCCACUGAACUACAUACAUGGUGUAAAGUGCUGGAGUUCCCAUUAUACAUACUUGGUGUAAAGUGUAGGAGUUCCCACUGAACUACAUACAUGGUGUAAAGUGUAGGAGUUCCCACUGAACUACAUACAUGGUGUAAAGUGCUGGAGUUCCCAUUAUACAUACUUAGUGUAAAGUAUAGGAGUUCCCACUGAACUACAUACUUAGUGUAAAGUGUAGGAGUUCCCACUGAACUACAUACAUGGUGUAAAGUGUAGGAGUUCCCACUGAACUACAUACAUGGUGUAAAGUGCUGGAGUUCCCAUUAUACAUACUUAGUGUAAAGUAUAGGAGUUCCCACUGAACUACAUACUUAGUGUAAAGUAUAGGAGUUCCCACUGAACUACAUACUUAGUGUAAAGUAUAGGAGUUUCUACUUGGUGUCAAGUGUAGUCCCCAAAGAACUUGUUCUAUGAUGCAUGAAACAUAAUUACAGUGUGAACUGACACGUGACCAGCUGGUGAAGUUACUAAAUAGAGAUUUACAAACUAAUUUUAUGUCUUGUCAUUAGUAUAAGCUUAACUCAUAACUCCUGUUAAUGUUUUUUUUUUGAUUUUUUUAUUGAUAGUUUCUGGCAGACAUAGUGCCAGUUACAAUCUUCAUUAUUGACUAUGGUAAGACAGAUUUUACGAUUGCAGUCUCAACUUCACAGCUGUCUGUAACACAUAUAAGGGUCAGCCUCAGAGCUAUGCAUAGCGUAUCAUUUUGGUCAGCCUCACAGCUGUCCAUAGCAUAUCAUGUUGGUCAGCCUCACAGCUGUCCCUGUCAUAUUAUCUUGGUCAGUGUCAUUGCAUGUUCCCUGGACAAUUUUGUUUGUACCUGUCCCAACCCUCUUGUUACUAGAUCUUUUUAGAAUUUCUUUUUCUUUUUUUUCAUUUUUCCGGUUUGAUGAAACAGGCUCUUAGCCAAAGCUUUCUUCUCUCAUGUCCUGUCUUUCUAUUUCAAGCUUCCAAUUACCUUUUUUCUAAUAUUUCCUUCACACAACUUGAAUGCAAUCCUUUAUUUAUUAUCAAUUUUGUUUAUCUAUAAGUUUUUUGAAAACCUUCAAAAUCAAAAGUAAAAAAAAAUUAAGAAGUGGAUUUAACUUUGACUGACAGACUGCCACAGAGUGAUUUACUUUAAAUUUAAGCCUAUCACACUAACAAUAGUUUACUAACAAGCAAAAGUUUUUUAACAAUAUUUUUCUAUUGAUAUAAAGAUAUUUAUCUUUUCAAAAAGGAAAUGAAUAUUUUUUAUCACACCUGUCAUCUAAUGGGUGUGUUCAAUUAAUUAUUCUUUCAAAUUCUUUGCGAGUCACAGAAAUAUUGUAGUGCGAAAUUAUUUGUACUGAGGUCCCGCCUGUGAACAAACCAAUACUAAAAUAUAAAAUGGAUUGUAAUACUGAAUCAUUAUGCAGUUGGCAUAAAACAGUGUUGGCCUGUCUAGCACAGUGUCACCCUGUCCUUGUAGUCUGACAAAUAGAUUGUAUCUACUUUCUCUAUUUUAUCAUCAUCAUCAAAUAAAUAUAAUUCUCUAUGAAUGAAACAAAGUAUGAUGUAAUAUCAUCAUCAUCAAAUAAAUAUAAUUCUCUAUGAAUGAAACAAAGUAUGAUGUAAUGGUGAGUUCAAUAGUGUUCCAUAACUGCGCUAAAUGAGAUUCUUAAAAAAUGCCUCAAGUGUGUUAAUAUUUUCUUUUGUUUUAUGGACGUACUCCCAAUUAAAUAUGAUUAUAAAUCUGGGAUGUAGGAGGGGGUGGGAAAUGAGAAUUUUAAUAUAGUUCAGGGUCUUGAAAAAAAAGUGUGCUACAUACCUAAGGGGUAGAACUAAUUGGGUGUGUUACAAUAAAGUGUAUUACUUGAAUGCAUGUUUUGUUAAGUAACUUUUAGUAGAUGGGAAGUUCAUGCAUUGCCGCAUCCAUUGUUUAGCGGGCUAUUACUAGUUAAAAUGUAAACUAAAUUUAACUAAAAAAUAAACUAUGAUUAACUUUAUAUCACUUAUGUCCAUUAAAAUGCCAUGUAGAUAAAUUAUGUAGUAGUCACUCAAAAUCUCAAUUUAUUUUUUAUAUUUUUUUCAUCCAGUCAAAAUCCAAAAAGCUUGGACCCCUAAAAGCACUUCCAAAUUCCAUUGGGGCAGACAAUGUCAUGAUGGGACAACCUGGCAAGUCAGGAAAACAGGCCAAGUCAUCUGGUCAACAAAAGCAAGGGUCAUAUAAAACAAAAGAUGACAUCGCCAUGGGUCAAAUGAGAGAAAAAUUGCAGGCAAACCCUUACGCCACCAUCAAAAUGUGGCGUCCAGUCUCCAUGACCAGCAACAGUUUAGCCAGGUACCCCGUGGAGGAUAACUACCAAUCAUUCUCAAAUUUUGAUGCUCUCCGUCAAACGUUGGAAGCUGAGAUGGGCUCAUUAGGACAACAAGGACAUCAUUCAUCUUUGAUGGAUCAAACACCCUCUGGCUACAACAGGACACAGGACAGACUCUCAGAAGACGCCCACUGGCAAGAAGCAAGUAGUUCCCCUGGCCAAGACCAUGACCUCAACACAAACAGACUCUCACAGAGUCCUUUCAACUGGGUCACUGACUCUGACUCACCAGAUUCCAGAGAGUUCAUUGAAAUUCCAGAGGAUUAUUCGAGAGACAACUCCCCAUCACCAAUACCAAGGAAGAACAGUUCUCCCUCCCCUGUACCCAAUAAUGACAGUGUCUUGUUGAAUCAUUCAGUCAGUGGGAGCUUACGUACUAAACAGUUUGAGGCACCCCUCCCUCCCCCUCCACCACAUGCAACCAAAGGUUUCACACCUCCAGAUCUCCCUUCCACAUCCAAAAAUGACCCAAGUUAUGAAGUGGUCAGCGAUGGGGUCAGUAAAGCCAUCAAACAAGUCCUGUCCCACAGAUACACAGUUGGUGACAACGAGGACUUGGCCAACAGAGACGUGGAGAGACUGCUGGAAGACCUCAAGCUGACCAUGGACUCUAUAAGAACAUCUCGUAUUGACAAAAACCCAGCUCAGCUGUCCAUGUGUGUCUCAGAACUCCACUCUCAAACCAAUCAGUUCAUUAAUCAUGCCAAGCUUGUUGUCGGCAGUGCCAACAGUAGCAGAGAAAAGAUGGUGGCCCAGCUUGAGUCGGCCAUCCACACACUGGCCUGCCUGUUCCUCCAUGGCCAGGCCACUAUGUUGUUGGUCAAGUCAUCCGACCUGGCUCACAGCCUAGGCUUUCAGCUCAUCAAGGCAGCUAAUGCCUUCAAGUCAACCGUGAUGUCGGCCAACACAGCGGUUGGCAAGCCCAUUGACGACCCUGACAUGAAGUACCUCAUGCGGCAGGCCACAAACCUGGCGGGACUUUUACGUUCCUUGUUAACCACCAUCAAGGAGAUCAAAUCAGGGUCAUGAAGGGCGCCACCCUCAACACCUCAAGACAGAUAACUCUCUACAAGUGUUGUUGGAUCAUUUCUGCUGUUCAUUCUAUGCCUGGGUGCUGCAUAUCAAGACUUGCUCAAAAUGAUG